AGAAGCCAAGGAUGAAAGAAGUGGCCUAACGUAAAAAUUGGAUUUCACAAAAUUUUGUUUGUAACUUCACUUUAAUAUCACUGUUCAAGGAAAUAGUUUUGUGUUGGGGGAAUUAAAAGCGCAGAUCGCUAUUUCGUUAAUCUAUCGCUAAUUCUUGCGGGCGAGGCGUUACAGUAGUUUGCAGAGAUGUCUGAUUUGCUGACCGUGUACGACGAUGACCAGGCCAACACCUUCAUCGACUGCAUGAUAUGCGAUAAAAGAAUAAGGGGCGAAACUCAUUACAAAAUCCACGUGACUACACUGCAACAUUUGAAGAAAGAGGAGUCCUAUGCUUCACAGGGAAAGAUUCCGAGACAACCUCCACUGCCGGAAUGGACAGAUAUCAUAGAAUAUUUGAAAUACCUGAAACUUGAUGAGCCCAUUAUUGGUCUCGGCUCCCUGAGACAGAUCCCAGAUCAUGUCACUGACGAUGGCAAAGGCGUGUUAAAAUACAAGUGCCGAUUGUGUGCCGUUGAUAUGGACCUUUUUAGUAUGGUGGCCCACGUCGUUGGACGCAAGCACCGGCAAAAAUACUUGGAACUGAAAAGGCCAGACUUGGUGACAUGGCAUGACAGCGCACAGAAACAACCAGGUCUCGUUGCCAGAGCAAAAGCUGCAGUGGUCGAAAAGCAGGAGGGAUGGGGAACGCCAGUGGCACUCAGAAGAGACGUAUUUCCAAAUUUCCAAGGAAGAGAUUUACCUCCCAGUGUUCAUGAACAACCCUACUAUGGACGAGACUCUAGCAGGGAGUCACCUUUGGCAGAAGAUAAGAUUCAUAAACAGGCGUACUUAGAAGAACAGGGAAGACCAUAUUAUAUUGACGAAAAUUAUGACCAUUAUGAUAGACCUAAUCCAGAUGAUGCAGUCCACCAGCAAUCCUAUCCAGAAGGAAACCGACAUCAACAACCAUAUGAAGAAGCCGACAUUCGAGGAAGAGGCUUACGAGGGGAUAAUUAUCCUGAAAGAGCUGAAAGAGAAAUGCAUACUAGGCCCUAUGCAGACCAGGGUGCAAGGAGACUUCGAGAAGACUAUGAAGACGUUCUUGGCCAAGGACAGUUCUCAAGAGGUGAUAGACUUGUGUCUAUAGAUGUCCAAGAGAAAGUUUAUAAUGAAGGCAUGCCAAGAAACCGAUUUAAUGACAAAGACCUCCGAAUCCAGCGCCCUGGAGAAUCUGAAUAUCAGGCUGAGCAAAUGGAAUAUAGAAGAUACGCAACUUAUGAAGAGGAAAAGCCUGCCACGAAUCCCAUGCCAAUGCAUGGAAAAAGCUUUCAUGACGAGGAGAGAAGAGGGACUGUCAGAGAAUUGCCCAGAGGGCCUUGGGACAAAGCUAAUGAGAUGCAAGGUUAUCCCCACAUGCUUGAGCCCAGAGAUCCAAGAGCAUAUUCCCAGGAAGCUGUUCCCGCUAAAAAGAAAAAGAAGAGCAGAUUCUCUGAUGCAACCACAGAGGAAAUAGCACUCGCACAUAUGAGACAUUCAAAAAAAAACAUCCAAAAAGAGAAGUCAAGAGGAGCACAGAUCAGAGCAAAACAUCCACCUCCGUCAUUCAAUAACCAAUUUGUGGACCCUGGAAGUGUAUCCCAUCUUGAUCCAAAACAUGAAAACGUUCUGGACAUACUUAGUGACAUCCAGAUCGAAAAUAUGGAUGACGCCAGAUUUCUUAAAGAAAAGUUGUGCACAGUUUUGAAAGAGUUCCAAGCAAAAAAAUCCGGAACCGCUGGGGGCCCAUCUUCACAAUCUGUCGGUGAUCACAGAGGGGUAAAGCAGACGGAGCAACGCAGAGAUGCAUAUAAAGACCCAAGGGAUGAUCCAGAUGGCAUGUAUUCAGAAAACAGGGGUUUCCAAGAGAUCAGACGAUAUGAAAACGAUCCCAGAAGUUUCCAGGAAUCCAGACAAUAUGGAGAUGACCCUAGAGAUUUCCGAGAGGUCCGACAAAGUGAGGAUGACCCCAGAGCUCAUAGAGAGACCAGACAUUAUGAAGAUGAUUACAAGGAGCCAAACCGAUUUGACGGUUAUCCCAGUGGUCUUCAAGAAGCAAGGCCGUACGCUGAUGAUCCCAGAGGAUUUCAAAAGUCAAGGUUACAAGAGAAACCUAAAGGUCUUCCAGAGAGGAGACAAUAUGAUGAUGAUCCUAGAGAACAGGAACAACGUUACGAAGAAUAUUCAAGAACUUCCAGAGAAGAAGCUCCAAGAAGAACUCAAGAGACAAGAUAUUAUGAAGACGAUUUCAGAGGCUUCGGAAAUGUGGAUUCUGAAAGAAGACGUUCAUUUGAGCAUUUUGAGGGCAGAGGCCCUGCAGGUGUUGAGAGAGGUUUUCAAGAGAGCUUUGGAAAGCCUCCUGGUAACUUCCCACCAAGUUCUCAUCAAGAAGAAGGAAGGAUGCAUGUCGGGAGAGCACAGCACAGGUCCCAUCAGAAUGACAGUCAAGCUGGCGAUGAACCGUACGACCCGUUCCAGCCAUCAGCCUCACCACCUCCAGAAGCGAGCACCUCCACCAGUCUUGACAAGAUUGCCUCAACUCUUCUGGAGCUUGUGGCUCGUAGAUAGAGUUAAGCUGAUGAGUCGGAUACUUCAUGAUGUGAUAUGGUUUUAGCUUAACAAUAGCCUACAGUGAUCGAUCUUCCAGUAAAUACUGUUAUACUGUUUUCUGCUAUUUUUCAACUACUUUUCAGUUUGUCUUGUUAAGAUUUGUAGCCUAGUUUAUAUUGUCUUUUUAGUUUGGUUUGUCUAUUGUGAAAUUGUAAUGGGUUUAGUUGAAAUGGUUUGAUUAGAAAGUUGUUGAUUUAAAAAAAAAAAAUAAACAGUUCAACCCA